CGCCCCCUUUUUAUUCUAGGCUGCGGAGCUUCAAAAAGCUUCAGAUGGACUCAGAGCUGUCAAAGCAGCAGGAAACAGGCUGACAGCUGCUGCGGAAAGGAUAAACACGAUGAGUCUUGGCCUGAUGUCGGAGCCUCCUCAGUGCUGCAUCUGUCAGGAUGCCCUGUCCGGCCCAACCUCCCUCCCAUGUGGACACCGCUUCUGCCUGGUGUGUAUAGGAGAAUACUGGAGGCAUGCAGCCUGCCAGUGCCCCCUCUGCAAGACUGUCUUCUCAAGAAGGCCUCAUCUGAAAAGGGACCAAACACCACCGUCUCCUAGUGAGGCAGUUCCUCUAAAAGCCGGAGAGGUUCCUUGUGAUUUGUGUCCGGUAAAGCGUCCUGCAGUCAAGGCCUGCCUGCAGUGCCUGGCCUCCUAUUGCAGCUCUCACCUGGAGCUGCAUUACCAGACCGAAGAUCUUGGGCGCCAUCAGCUGAUCAGUGUGGUGAAGAACCUGGAGGACUCUGUGUGCGGGCUGCAUGGGAAGAAGUUGGAGAUGUUCUGCAAGAGCGAUCGGGCAUGCAUUUGCAGCAAAUGUGCCCAGACGGAACACCGAGGGCAUCGUAUCGUCUCCAUCAGCAGGGAAGCAACUAAGAAAAAGAGCAUACUGAGGCGCAGGCGGAGCAAAGUCCAGCAACAAAUCCACGACAGGCAGAGUCAAGUUGCUGAGCUGAAGCUUUCUGACGACCUCGGAGGAGAAACUCCACCAGCGGCUCAGACCCAAAACAACAAGCUCAUCGGGCGGCUGGAGGAGGAAAUCUGUGAGCUGCAGGAGAAAAACCAGGAGCUGGAGCAGCUCCUGCAGAGUGAAGACCACCUGCGUUUCAUACAGGUCUCCACUGUUAGUGAGAGUCAGCAGGCCAGCUGAACAGUCCCACUGUGCAAAGACCUAGUGUGGACAUGCUACAGACGUGGUCUGGACCGACAGACUCAAUAUAGACAUUGACUGUUUGCAGGAAUGUUUCAAAGCUUUAUUUAGGCCUUUGUAGCAGAAAACUCAUUUUCCUCUAGUUUCCUGGGAGAUUUCUACACUCCUACCUCAUAGUUAGAAGCAAAUAACCAGAGUUGUCACAAGCAUCUGCAGAAAUCUUCCUUUUUCACAAAUAUUAGCUGAAAUGCACAGAAAAAGCUUUGCUGUGUUUUUAUUACAGCGAGGUCAUGUGAAAAUGAUCAUUUUCAGCAUCUAAAAAAGCAAUAAUUACUCAGAAUUCUACUGUAAUUAGCUCUUCGCACUGCUUUGACUCCACAUAAGUGCGGAGGCAGCCUUCUUGCAGAUGCUGAUCACUGUUCCACAUCUCUCUGGGUACUAACAAUGGUACACCAUGGCUUCAUUUGGGUUUUUUACUCUUCCUCGUCACUACAUCUAAAUCUAAGAAUGUUCUCUCAUGCUUUGACAAGCAUGAGAGAACAUCAUGAGUCCACUGAACAUGAGCACAAGCUGAGUUUCCCCUCUGCUCUGGACUCGUGCUCCAUUGCUCGGUUCUUUUCUAAGCACGGCGUAGUAAAGAUUUGUUUUUACCUUUUAAACUGACGAGUUUCAGCUAACGCUGCAAUCUUCCUCAAAGCAAGCAAUGAAAGUGCACAGAUUACACAGAAUGAACGUGCAAAAGAUCUUUCAUGUUAAAGAGCCUUAGAAGAAGGGAAAUAAUGGGAAUAUGACUUAUUUGGCUUCUGGUGGGACAGGACUGCAGAUGAGGAGAUGAUUUUCCUUUCGUAUAGUGAAUUGCAGCUAUAAACUGCUUACAGGGUUAAUUCUAAAGCACACACAGCGUUAAUCUGAUAACGCAACAAAGGUACGUCGUAAUAAUAAAGUCAGUUUGUUUAUAUGUUAAAAUAAAAAAACAAGAUGGGUGUUAUUACAAAAAAACUUGUAUCUGAUGCUAGUGAAUUAUAAAUAAUUAUUUAGAACAGGGCUAUAAUGUUUUAUGUCACUUUUCAAAUGUUGCCAUUUUACAUGCAGUAGCUGCUGUGACCACUAGAGGGAGGCAUUAUAAAACAGCUUCAUGCAGAUUUGAGGACCACAGUUGGAGUUUGUUUCUCAGGUAUCAGGGUUCUAAGCUAACUUUUAGCCUUUAGUUAAAAAAAAGUUAUAAUAUGUUUAAUUUGUCUGUUUACAUAAAAAUAAAUUAUAUUUUUUAAAUGUGAAAGAUUUAUUUAACAGAGGUGUGUGUUUCGUUAUGUUUUCUUGUCAUUCCAAAUAUGUCCAAAUGUAUAGGUGCAGCAUCUAAAAGCCUCAGUAAUAAUAAUGGUCAGGCUCAGGACGUGUGAAAAAGAUAAAACUGUUUGAAUGUAAUUUAUAUUUGCACGGAUGAAAACACUGUUAAAUAAAAGGUUUUUAUACAU